AUGGCCUCUCUGGCCUUCAUCAACUGGCCUGGCUACGUGAACAACGGCGAGUCCUGCUAUUUGCCUGUCCGUCCCGAAUGGACAAGGCUCGCCCUUGUCUGGGUGCCCCGCUACAUGAUUCUUCUUCUUAUUGUUAUAGUGUACACAUUUAUCUAUAUUAAUGUCACGUUGCGCAUGCGACGCUUCAGUCGCCUCAGCACCAUGAAGCGCGCGAGUGCGGCGCAAAUGCUAGACGAUGGAUCUUGGUCUUACAUCCCCUCGGUGCCCCCUGCUCCAACAUCUCGCCGGGGGUCCGAAAUCUCAAUGGACGGCUUAGAACGGCAGCGUACCUCUUCCGCGGCCACUACUAUGACGACCGAAAUCGAACUGCUACAUAGCCGUCAGAGGAUCAUGUGGAACUGGCCAUCGUACGGUACCGACGAUGAUGGCCAUAUUCCGGUGCCAGAUGAGGUCGUCUCAUCCCGCACGUUGGGUCCUAGCAUGAGCCACCUCUCCACUACUUCUAGGCCCAUCUCCUCACCCCCCAAGAGUUAUAUCCCUCACGACACCGUCGAUUUGAGUCCACCUGAUUAUCACUACCAACACCAAGCAAGCUGCGAUGGUAAACCGAUUUGCUCUCAAUGUCUGCGCCGUAGCAUCAAUUGUGACUACCAUCGAGCGAUCCCGCAAACCCUACUGGACUCCAUUCCUGCGGGGAGUAAGAUCGUGGACAAGGACGACGCCUUGAGUAAUGCGGACGCAGCAGACUUGCUCGGCAUCUUGAAAAAUGUACAAGACGAGGACGUUCUGGACGCAAUUCAGCUUCUCCGAAGUGGCUAUAAUGCGGCAGAGGUCGGCUCUACUCUACUGCGCCACGGCGCUGGAUUGUCUAAUGGCGCGCUCACCAGAGCGACUUUGCCACCUUCACAGACGUCCUUGGAAUUUGAGCUCAUGAUGAGACACCCCAUUCCGUAUCCCGCUUGGGCACCCGUCCGGCCAUCCAAGCUAAACCUGCAGUACCUUGGUUUGCCGAGAAAAGGCUGCUGGGAUGGAACUAGCGUGAACUCUACUACAAACCCAUUAGAUGGUCAACGUUACACUUCAUUUUUCGGUAAACGACAUAGAGAGAGUAUUUCAGGCGUCUCGAGUAUAAUUGCCUCUCCUGAUUUGACAACACUGUACGACAAUAGAUUACUUGGCGUUGACAUAUCGAAGUGGACGGAUCUACCUAUUACCAACGAAUUCUCGAUUACUGUACUGUCAACCUACCUAGAAACCGAUCAUCCUAUAAUCUCGCUCUUUGACGUUGAUUUGUUUCUAGAGGGUCUCCUGGGAAAUAUAGAGUUUUGCUCUCCACUUCUAGUUAACGCUCUAUUCUCUUGGGCAUGUCAAGGAUAUAUGGCUAAAGAGCCGGAAGCCAUAAAUUUUGCCUUCAAAUUCUAUGAAGAGGCGAAGAAACUGUGGAAGGUAGAAAAGGAGGCCGGGGUAGACCAUAUCUGCACCGUAAUCGCAGUGCACUACUUGACUAUGACCGCAACAUCUCUUGGAGCUGGUGCGGAAUAUGUCGAUUUCCUUGGUGAUACUCUAGAGAUGGCUAAGAGGCUCGAGCUCUUUAAUGCCGACUCUUCCGACCCGCCAAAAUUUAUGAUCGACAACAGUAUAAAUUGUCAACAAGUUAGGGCUCAGACUGCCUGGGCACUCUUCAAUUCUGUAACAAUACUUUCCAUGCACGUCCAUAAGCGUUUGCUCGAGUUUUCACCCCGAUUUCCCAUCCCAGAUACGAGGAUUUCGCUUGUAGGGCGCAACGAACAAUCUAAAGAGAACAAGCGACGAAGCUUCCAUUCAGCUUUAUUCAGAGAGAACUGCAAGUUUUUCUCAAUUGUCCACGACAUGUUGCAAGUCAUAUACGGUCCAACCCAAAUCCCCUACGCCGAUGCCAUAUCUCUUUCCUUUGCAGAAGCAACCUACAGACGGUUGUUGUCCUGGGCCGAUGGUUUACCACUUGAGAUAGCGCAAGGCGAACAGUGUACUCAUCAUGUGAUGUUUUUGCAUAUCUGCUACCACUUGGCCAUACUCGAUUUAUUUCGCUCACUCACUCGACAAAAGUACGGAUUUCGAAUACGCCUUCGAUCCUUUGACUCUCAGGAAGCGACACCAGAAGCUGUAAACGCAGCGUCCGUAAAGCAGCUAAAGAGGAUCGUCCUCUUGUACCAUCUUAACUACCCAGAGUCCUCGUUCUGCCUCUUCUGGCAUUCGGCGCUACUUUACUUGGCUAACGCCAUGCUCCGCGAGGCGAGCUUCUCUGGGAAUGACGAAGAAGUAGAAUUCUACUUCCGCCUCUGUAUAACGAGCUACCGAACGCUCUACAACGGAUUCCGCUUGGCCAAGGGAAUCGCGCUAAGUCUACUUUCCAUGGCUCUUGACAAAGGCGUCUUGGGCCUUCAGGAGGCGAAGGCGAUCAGGAAAGAUCUUGAGCUGAGAGGUAAGCGCCACGACAUAUCGGACCGAGUGAUGGAAUACUUCGUAGUGGAUUUAGACUUUGCUGUAACGAAUCCUUCCGCUGCUCAGGCAAAGAAGCUCGUUCAAAACCUCGAGAGAACGUUGAUCUCAUGAAACGACGAGCAUAGAGAGGCGCAGAUUAAGGAUUGAUGAGCAUUUUAUUGUUUUGAAUUAAUGACUAGUUAGUGCACAUUCGGUAUGGGGCCUGUAUCGCUUAUAGCCUAAUAAUUGGAAUGACUA